AUGGAUCCUGAUAUUGACAGAAGAUUGAUUCAGAUACAAUGGUCAACACCUUACCCUGGAAAUGACGACAUGGAAGGAAAAGGAAAGACAAGCAACCCACAGUUCCUUUUCCUUUCAGUCCUUCUUACUCAUCAAUUUAACCACACUGGCGGGAACGAGAAGCUGGUCAAGCUGGAGCCUGGGCUGAAGGUGUGCGGGGGUGAUGACCGGAUCAGGGCCCUGACUCACAAGGUCACGCACCUCUCCACACUGCAGGUGGGGUCUCUCAACGUCAAGUGCCUGUCCACACCGUGCCACACUUCUGGACACAUCUGCUACUUUGUGAGCAAGCCCAGCAGCUCUGAGCCUCCUGUUGUGUUCACAGGUGACACCUUGUUCGUGGCUGGCUGUGGGAAGUUCUACGAAGGGACAGCGGAUGAGAUGCACAAAGCCCUACUUGAGAUCCUGGGCCGGCUCCCUCCAGACACAAGAGUGUACUGUGGCCACGAGUAUACCAUCAACAACCUCAAGUUCGCGCGGCACGUAGAGCCCAACAACGCUGCCAUCCAGGAGAAGCUGGCCUGGGCCGAGGAGAAGUACAGUAUCGAGCCCACGGUGCCAUCCACCAUCGCGGAGGAGUUCACCUACAGCCCGUUCAUGAGAGUGAGGGAGAAGACCGUACAGCAGCAUGCUGGCGAGACUGACCCCGUGACCACCAUGAGGGCCAUCCACAAAGAGAAGGACCAUUUCAAGGUGCCCCGGGACUGAGGCGGCUGUGGGGCCUGGGGUGCCCGUGGCCGCCACCACUCUCAAGCACAUUUGGGUAUUCAGAUGUUUUAGAUAAAUUUCCUGCCAGGAGUGUAGGAAAUCCAGUCUUGGUUUAAUUUUAAAUUAAUCUCA